ACAGCGACUAUUAUAUCUGCUUUAUUCUGUAGAAGCAACAACGAGAUCUUCAAAAUGAGCGGAAGAGGCAAAACCGGCGGUAAGGCGAGAGCCAAGGCUAAGACUCGCUCCUCCAGGGCAGGGCUUCAGUUCCCCGUCGGUCGUGUUCACAGACUCCUUCGCAAAGGCAACUACGCCGAGCGCGUCGGUGCCGGUGCUCCGGUGUAUCUGGCCGCUGUGCUCGAGUACCUGACCGCUGAGAUCCUGGAGUUGGCCGGAAACGCCGCUCGGGACAACAAGAAGACCCGUAUCAUCCCCCGUCACCUGCAGCUGGCGGUGCGCAACGACGAGGAGCUGAACAAACUCCUGGGCGGAGUGACCAUCGCUCAGGGCGGCGUGCUGCCCAACAUCCAGGCCGUGCUGCUGCCCAAGAAGACCGAGAAGCCCGCCAAGACUAAAUAAAUUAACCCCGUUUGAUUACUGAAAACUCCCAAAGGCUCUUUUCAGAGCCACCCACUUUCUCUUGAAAAAGCGAAUUUACAGACUGUUGAGGAAAAAAAAAAAGCAAUAUCUUGCGAUCUCAUUUUGAGUCUUGUUUGGUGUUAUGCCUAUGUAGACUUUCUGAAACACUUCAACGCUUUCUGUUGUGUGUGUAGCUGUAGUACACAACGUAUUUAUUUUUCGCUUUUGAAACCAAGAGCCGAUCACUGAUUGUACUUGAACUCCUUUAAAGAAAUCCCCGCUGAAGCAUUUUCUCAGGCCUGAGGCUCUCGCUUCACGAACGAUAAAAACAAUAAUUCCCCCACGUUGUCGAAUAAAGGGGGUCUUUUUAGUAACGUGUUUUAAACAGCUGUCAGUGUUAUAAAGCCCGCGGGGUUGAUUUCUGUUCAAACUCUACACACAAAGAAAAAUAUGUAACGAUGAACCAGUCUGAUAAUCAAAUAAAAGUGCACGGGAUUAAACAAAAAGUUGAUGUUAAGGGUCGCUUUUAUAAUUGUAUGCCUGCCUACAACUGAAAAGUAACUGACCUUUUUUAACCUAAAUGUAGAAUCUUUGAGCGGGAAAAUCAGGUCACUUUUACUCGUUUAAAAACAGGAAACUCCUAGCUAUUGGCCAGAAAGGACACGUCACGCUGCGACGUAAAAACAGUAGCCAAUCAAAUGCCUCUGCAAGCACAAGGCGCGCACUGCAGGAGUAGUUUAAAUAGCAGCUGCUGCGGAAGAGAAAACGUUAUCCUGCUUUAGGCGACGACGACUUCGAGAGAAUGGCAAGAACCAAACAAACCGCCCGUAAAUCCACCGGCGGCAAAGCCCCGAGGAAGCAGCUCGCUACCAAAGCCGCCCGUAAGAGCGCUCCAGCCACCGGCGGCGUGAAGAAGCCUCAUCGCUAUAGGCCCGGCACCGUGGCUCUGCGAGAGAUCCGUCGCUAGCAGAAGUCCACCGAGCUGCUGAUCCGCAAGCUGCCCUUCCAGCGUCUGGUGCGAGAGAUCGCUCAGGACUUCAAGACGGACCUGCGCUUCCAGAGCUCCGCUGUCAUGGCCCUGCAGGAGGCCAGCGAGGCUUAUCUGGUCGGUCUGUUCGAGGACACCAACCUGUGCGCCAUCCACGCCAAGAGAGUCACCAUCAUGCCCAAAGACAUCCAGCUGGCGCGCCGCAUCCGCGGAGAGCGCGCUUAAACCCACGACUCCAACUUUUAAACCCAAAGGCUCUUUUCAGAGCCACUCACAUUUUCAUAUGAAGAGCUUCAGAUCUUUCUACAACUUCUUAAACGAUAUGUUGUCGGAAAACAGUGUAAACGUUAAAGUAACAGUUAAACAUUUUUACUUUUUCUCUGCUGUAACUUAUAAUAAAAUUAUGGCCUUUUCUUUUAUGCUAUACAGAUAUUUCUGUUACUGCUUUCUUUUUUUUUUUUAAACAGUAUUUCAGUGAAACCGCUAUUUUAGAAAAUAUUGUCAUGAUCAACGUUUUAAAUGCUCAAAAAUCGUUCAAACAUGUCUUGCUCUUACUGUAAUAAGAGUUUCAGAGGUUCUGACUUCAAAGGUCUUUGAGUGUGUGAGAGAAUCGCUUCACUAAUUGUUAAUAGAACUACAAAUGAAUAAAACUUUAUAAAAUGCUUGAAUCAGAUUAUUCUGAUAA